AUGGCGUUAAAGGAGGCACUGAGUGAAGCUAUUGACGAUGAUCAAAAGUUUAUCCUUUACAAACACGAUGAAUUGUUCAGCGAAAGUUUUCCCGUUUUCAAGGAGAUACGACGUAUGGGGAAAUUAUGUGAUGUGACAUUGAAGGUGGAAGAUCAAACAUUUUCGGCCCAUCGCAUUGUACUGGCCGCCACCAUACCCUAUUUCUAUGCCAUGUUCACCAACAACAUGGCCGAGAGUCGCAUCAAAGAGAUCACCAUGAAAGAAAUCGAACCAUCGGCCUUGGAGAGUUUGAUCAACUUUGCGUACAGCGGUCAAGUACGCAUCGAUAAUCAAAAUGUCCAAAGCCUCAUGAUGGGCGCCUCGUUCCUUCAAUUGCUAAAGGUGCGUAAGGCUUGUGCGGAGUUUUUGAUAUCCCGCUUUCAUCCACACAACGUUUUGGGGAUACGGCAUUUUGCCGAUUCCAUGAGUUGUCAGCAUCUGAUAAAAGCUGCCGACAAAUAUAUCGAUCAGAACUUCGCCAAAGUCUCACAAUCCGAAGAGUUUUUGAAUUUGGAAUUUGAUGAAUUAAUAGAAUUGAUAAAGAGUGAUUAUUUGAAUGUUAAAUCGGAAGAGGUGGUAUUUGAGGCCUGUAUGAAAUGGGUGAAAUACUCGGAAGCGAAACGUGUGGAAUUGUUUCCGCAAGUGCUGUCACAGGUACGCUUGCCACUGUUGACACCACAAUUUCUGGCCGAUCGGGUGGCACGUGAAGAACUGAUACGUUCAUCGCAUCAAUGUCGUGAUCUAUUGGAUGAGGCGAAAGAUUUUCAUUUAAUGCCCGAAAGAAGGGGUCUGCUGCAGAGUUUUAGAACCCGCCAUCGUGGUGAAUUUAUAUGUGGCCAAAUCUAUGCUGUUGGUGGUCUGGCCAGUAAUGGCGAAUCUGUGAGCACAGUGGAAAUUUAUGAUCCAAUUACCCAAAAAUGGCGUAUGGGUGAACAAAUGUCCAUGAUGAGAUCUCGUGUUGGUGUGGCCGUAAUGGAUGGCAAAUUGUAUGCCUUUGGUGGUUUCAAUGGUUCCGAACGUUUAUCCACCGUGGAGGUUUAUGAUCCCCGCGAAAAUAAAUGGUCUCAAGGUAGUGCAAUGAAAUGUAAAAGGAGUGCUGUUGGUGUUGCUGCCCUCAAUGAUUGCAUUUAUGUAUGUGGUGGUUAUGAUGGCGUUACCUCACUUAAUACGGUAGAGUGUUAUUGUCCCAAAAACGAUGAAUGGAAGACUGUUGCCUCCAUGAUGAAAUAUCGUUCGGCCGGUGGUGUUGCUGCCCUAGAUAAAUAUGUCUAUGCCUUGGGUGGUCAUGAUGGUCUAUCCAUUUUCGAUUCCGUUGAACGUUAUGAUCCGAUUAAUGAUGUCUGGCAAAAAAUGAAACCGAUGCUUAAUCGUCGUUGUCGUCUCGGGGUGGCCGCCUUAAAUGGCAAACUAUAUGCCUGUGGUGGUUAUGAUGGUAAUUCAUUUUUACGUUCGGUCGAAGUAUAUGACCCCAUCAAGGAUUCAUGGUCAUUGGUGACAUCGAUGAACUGUAAACGUAGUCGUGUAGCAUUGGCUGCAAAUAUGGGUAAAUUGUGGGCAAUUGGUGGUUAUGAUGGUGAGACGAAUCUCUCCACCGUUGAAGUAUAUGAUCCGGAGACAGAUAUCUGGUCAUUUGUGCCGUCUAUGUGUGCCCAUAGUGGUGGUGUGGGUGCUGGAGUGAUACGCAAUUGA